AUGUCACAAAAAAUCAACUCCAAGAAUUUGUCGUACAAUUCCUCUCUCCCACCUUUCCUUGCAGCUCUCCGGGCCCAAGCAUCCGGCGCUUCAGGGCCGGACCCGAUUCUCUCAGCACAGCGCCGCGGUGGGAAGAAGCGAUCCAGCAGCGAAGAAGCAGAAGAUAAUCCGUUGAUUGUCGAUGAAGAUGGAAACACGAUUGGGGAUUUCAAGGUCAACAAGGACGGCACUGUAGAGGAAACACCAAAUGAGGAAGCCGAGAAAGACGCCAAGGACGGAGCUUUAGACGCAGAGCAGAACAAGACGAAUAAAGGCGAAUCGGAACCAGCCAAAGCUUCGAUAGGAGGAAGGAAACGCAAAGUCGGCAAAGUGAUUGGAGACGAUGCCCAUGACGAUGAUGUCAGGCCUUCUACAGAGAAGAAGAGUGAGGCCACAAAGAAAGGCACAGAUGAUGCCGAGCAGGCUUCCAACCGCAAGACCAAGAAGAAGGCAAAGAAGAUCAAACUGAGCUUUGACGAGGAGGAGGGCUGA